CCUAAAAUAAUAAUAAUCAUAAUAAAUCAUCACAGUGAAUCAUUCUUAGAUGCGUCUUGUUGUUUGAUUUCAAAUCCGCAAUUGGCUCGCUGUAUAAUACGAGCUCAUAGUCUGUUACCUUAGCUAACCCCUAUCCAAAAAUAUUGUCACUAUAUUUGCAUCCACACAUUAUCCAUACAUCAUACAUAAAAGCUCAACUCCCUCACCAUGGGGGCCGAGCAAUCCUCCAACCGGCCUGCCAAUGGCCAAAAUUCCAACACGGUUGUGAGAAAGACUUGCUACUAUGAGCUUAUGGGGAUUGAGCGUACUGCAACCGAGGACGAGAUCCGCAAAGCGUACAAGCGCAAAGCCCUUGAACUGCACCCAGACCGAAACUUUAACGACGUCGAGAAUGCGACUCGGAAAUUUGCUGAGGUCCAGACCGCGUACGAAAUCCUCUCCGACCCCCAGGAGCGCGCCUGGUACGAUUCGCACAGGGAUGCCAUCCUCAGCGGCGACCCGGACGGCAGCGGUGCCGGCGAGGGUGCCGCCCCGAGCCAGUACAACAACAUCCGCAUCACCACCGCCGAAGAGAUAUACGCCCUUAUGGGCCGCUUCAACUCAAGCGUGCCCAUGAACGACAGCCCCAACGGCUUCUUCGCCAUCCUCGACGAGUUCUUUGGCCACUUGGCCGACGAGGAGGCCGCCGCCUGCGAGUGGGACGGCCUCGAGCCGCCCGAAUACCCGCCCUUUGGCUCGUCCACCGACGACUACGACGCGGUGGCCCGCCCUUUCUACAAUGCCUGGUCCUCCUUCGCCACCCGCAAGUCCUUCAGCUGGCGCGACAAGUACCGGCUGUCGGACGCGCCGGAUCGCCGCGUGCGCCGACUGAUGGAGAAGGAAAACAAAAAGAGCCGCGACGACGGAAUCCGCGACUUCAACGAUGCCGUGCGCUCGCUCGCCGCUUUUGUCAAGAAGCGCGACCCCCGCUACGUCCCCAACACCCAGUCCGAGGCCGAGCGCCAGCGCGUACUGCGCGACUCGGCCGCCGCCCAGGCAGCCCGGUCCCGCGCAGCCAACCAGGAGAAGCUGGCCGCCUAUGUCCUACCCGAUUGGGCCCAGGCGCGCAACGAGAACGAAGCCGACCCGCACGAGGGCGAGUUUUCCGACUCGGAAGACCAGUCCGAGGUCGAGGAGAUUGAGUGCGUCGUGUGCGCCAAGACCUUCAAGAGCGAGAAGCAGUUCGAGGCCCACGAGAAGAGCAAGAAGCACCAAAAGGCCAUCCAGCAGCUGCGUCGACAGAUGAAGAGAGAGAACCUGGACUUCGACCUCAAUGAGGAUGAGACGGCCGCUGAGGUCCCUCCCGCUUCGGGCGCCAAUGUCGUUCCAGCCUCGGGAAAGGAUCUUGGAGAUUCGGCAAAGAAGGACGACCCGCCAAGUCAAACUGCCCAGGGCACCAAAGACGCACCAGAAACGACUGCAAAGCCGCGCAAAGAUGGGUCUGAUGAGAGUUCAUCACAGGCAGAUUCUCUCGAUGACGAGUACGCCUCGAGGGACGAUGUCGAGAACCGAAUCACUGGAGCUGCUGCGAAAUCAAAAGAUCCACUCAACGCCAAUGAAGUUGAAGCGGCAGAGGCCGCGAGCGCCGUCGAGCAACUCGCCCUGGAUGACACCCCGGGGCCGAAGAAGAUGGGCAAAGCCAAGCAAAAGAAGCAAAAGAAGGCAGCUCGACAAGCAGCCCUGGAAGAGCAAGGAGCAUCUCACGCAUGCAACAUAUGCAGAGCGACUUUCCCCUCUAGGACCAAGAUGUUUGCUCAUAUAGACGAAGAGCACCCGGCGCCGAAACACACCAAGGGCAAAAAGUCCAAGAGGUGAAAACAGCAUUUGUCCUUUUGGUCCUUACUGUUCUUCGGCAUAACCAUACUUCCGCAUCAUCGUGUUGCAAUCUGCAGCUUACCCUGCAAAAAUGGCAAGACACAUUCAGUGCUUUUGCUACUGUCGUGUCUUCCACGAUAGUGGAAUAUCAGAUUCCGCCAGAAAUGUUUAAAGACAUACACAUAUGGGGUCGCAAUGGUUGAUGCUACACAAAACGCCAAAGACGAAUUCGGAAAAAAGUGAACAUGGCAGUUCUAUCCAUCCAAAACGGUAUCGCCAUCAUCGUCACUCAGAGUUUCAACCUCAUCAAUGGCCGAUGGCCGUCCAGAAGCCGAUCCCUUUGAAGGGUCAUGUUCCGACACUGUAAUGAUGGACUUGCCCUGAACAUGCUUGACGGAGCUCUUCCACGCAUGCCAGUUCUCCUCGUCCAGGAUCAGGAACCCUAUCAACAUGCUGGGGUCCAUCUCACGAAUGUGAAGUCGUCUCAGUCGCCGAGUGUGGCAUGAGUCUACAUCCGAGGGGGUAUAGAGCUGUGGGUCUUCGUGGAAGGGAAGCGCCGGGCGUGUAUGGUGAGGAUCUAGAUAGAAUAGGUACGAGCCCUGGUCCUCGUCUGACCUUUGCGCUCCCACAAAGUAAUGUGAUGAUGAAGGACGGCCGCUUUGUUGUACUAGUCAGCGUGUAGCGUCGUUGGAUGGUGUACGGUACAUUACUUACCCAGCAAUUCCAACUGAUUGAGGCAGCUGCAGAGUGGCUGUCAGCGAUUCCCAAUAGACCUG